UCACAUAGUUCGCGCUUGUUAGCUUGAAGAAGACACAAACCGAAACAACAAUGGUUAGAUGGAGAAACUGAGUAAAGCAGUGAAUGACAUAGCCUACACUCAGAAAUCGAAUCUCCGCAACCUAUCUCCACUUCACCGCUCUCUCCUCCCUCUCCUUUCCAUCGCCUCUUCUCUCUACAAACUCGCCCUCUCACUUCGCCACUCCCUCUACCACCACCACUUCUUCCAAAUCCACCGGUUGCCAGUUCCUGUUAUUAGCGUCGGGAAUUUGACAUGGGGAGGCAAUGGCAAGACGCCCAUGGUCGAAUUCAUCGCUCUCUGCUUCGCUCGUUCCGGAAUUUCACCCCUCCUUCUUUCUAGGGGUUAUGGUGGCGGGGAUGAAGUCAACAUGCUUCGGAGGCGUUUACUUGGGACAUCAACUAAGUUUGGUGUUGGUGCGAAUCGGGCUGCAGUUGCAAGUCAUCUUAUUCAAAAACAUGGCUACAUUGAUAUUCGUAAGGGUUCAUGGUAUGAGAAGCAAAAACUUGAUUGUAAGGUCCAGAGUUCUCUUGAUUCAGAAAAAAUCGGGGUUGUAGUUCUUGAUGAUGCAAUGCAGCAUUGGAGCUUGUGGCGUGAUUUGGAUAUUGUAAUGGUUAACGGAUUAACUCUUUGGGGUAACCAUCAACUGCUGCCACUUGGACCUUUAAGGGAACCAUUGACUGCACUCAGACGAGCCAAUGUAGUUGUAAUCCAUCAUGCAGACUUGGUUUCUGAGCAUACUAUCCAGGAUAUUGAGUCAAUGGUCCGAGGAAUAAAAAAGUCUGUUCCCAUUUUCUUAACAAAAAUGGAUCCCACAUACUUAUUUGAGGUGGGAAUUAUCAAUGCCAAAAUACCAUUGACGGCUCUUCAUGAAGCUACAGUAUUAUGCAUUUCUGCUAUUGGUUCUGCAGAAUCUUUUGUGAAGAGGAUUCAGAAGAUGGGAGCACUUUAUGUUGAUCGAAUCGAUUUCAGUGAUCAUCACAUGUUCCAUACCAAGGAUAUUAAUAUGAUCAGAGCCAGACUUGGAGAGCUAGAGGGGAAGUUUGGUUCCAAACCAAUUGUUGUAAUAACUGAAAAAGAUUAUGAUAGGGACCCAGAGAUUCUUCAGCAAUUAUAUCCAUUUAAAGUUUUUGUUCUCUGUUCUACAUUGAAGGUUUUGCCCUAUAGAGGAAGCACAGAGGAUAGUUUUAAGAAAUUUCUGCAGGACCAAUUAAAAUUAGAAUUUCCUGCAGAAAAUUAAUCUUAGGUUGUUGUAAGCUUUUUCAAGCAUGCAGUUAAUAUACCAAAUAUUGUUGGUUUUUUUUACUAAUUAUACAAGAUACCGUACAAAGUUGAGAAAAGGCAACGCCAAUAGAUAGCAUGUUUGGAAGUCCUCAUACCAUUGAUUCCAAAGGCAAAAUCAAUUUUAGAGAAGCUUUUAUGAGUAGCUUUUAGGCGACAUAAUUAAUUGAGAAAAAAUUAGCUGAUCCAAAUAUGCUUUGAACCCAUGACAUCAUGUACUUGACGGUUGAUAGAACUUUUUUCUUGAGUUAGGUUGUUUUUGUGAAUACUCAUGUUAUUGAGCUUUGCAUUGUCGCACGGGUACUUUGAAACUGGCUACGCACCCGCACCGGGUAUGCACUGGGUACUGGUACGCCAUGGGUACUUUGAAACCAUGGGUUUUUUUUUACAAGCUUUACCAUGUGUUUGGCAGAAAGCCUCAAUCCUUUGAAUUGUUUAUUUAUUAUUAUAUGUAAGAUAUAUGAAUAUUG